CUCCUGCCUGCCCCGGCGGCACCAUGCUAGCGCCGCUGCCUGCCCGCGCCCGGCAGGAGGAGGGUGCCCCGCGCCUGCGAGGAGCCAGCCCGGCAGGAUGGUGACAGCCUCCGCCAGCGGCAGGAGCCGGGACCGAGCGCUGCUGCCGCCGUCCCCGUCGCCUUCUCCUCCCCCCGCAGCCUGGGCUGCUGCUCCAGCCCGGCCCGGCUCCGGCAGCUGCGUGGCGGCGGCCGCGGCGCUGCUGCUGGCCGGGCUGUGCGCCCUGUGCUACGGCAACUCUCUGCGGGGCGAGUUCGUGCACGACGACGUGUGGGCGAUCGUGAACAACCCGGACGUGCGGGCGGCGGCCCCCUGGGCGGGCGUCUUCGCCAACGACUUCUGGGGCAAGGGCAUGGCCGAGAACACCAGCCACAAGUCCUACCGCCCCCUCUGCGUCCUCACCUUCAAGCUAAACAUAUUGUUGGCUGGUAUGAACCCAUUCUAUUUCCAUGCAGUGAAUGUAAUUUUACACUGUCUAGUGACUCUUGUCCUGAUGUAUACUUGUGACAAAGCUGUAUUCAAGGAUGGUCGACUGGCUUUUGUCACGGCUCUCUUCUUUGCUGUGCAUCCUAUUCACAGUGAGGCUGUAACAGGUAUUGUAGGCAGAGCGGAUGUCUUAGCCUGUCUACUGUUUCUGUUGGCUUUUCUCUCCUAUAAUAGGAGUGUGGAUCAUUUUUAUGUUGGGGAACAUUUCCCUCCCACUGCCUCUCCAUUCUUCUUGCUGCUUAGUUUAUUUCUUGGGACCUGUGCAAUGCUGGUGAAGGAAACUGGAGUCACUGUGUUUGGUGUGUGCUUGGUUUAUGACUUGCUUUUCCUGUCCUACAAUAGACUUACACUGAGAAAUGGAGGGGUGCAUCAGAGGUUCGCACGGCAGCCUGCGGCUUCUCCAUCUGCUUCGCUGCAGAUUCCUCCAUCCAGCAGGGAGAAUGGGAAGCACCGGUUUGCUCACAAAGGGACCUGGAACUCAUGCCACCCUGCAUCACCUGAAGAGCAACGGAGCAGCAGCCUUUCUGUCUCAAACAAAGCCAUGUGGGCUAUUCUUAGCUACCUGACGGCAAGUAACAACCAGAAUUUCUUGUAUAUUGCAAGGCCAUUUUUGAAGAGGGCUGCUUUAGUAAUAAGUUAUGUGAUUCUUGUUUUAUAUUUCCGUUUCUGGAUAAUGGGAGGUUCCAUGCCAAUGUUUUCAGAACAGGACAAUCCAGCUUCAUUCUCACCUUACUUACUUACAAGAUUUCUAACUUAUUCGUACCUCCUGGCCUUCAAUUCCUGGCUUCUGCUAGCACCAAUUACUCUGUGCUAUGACUGGCAGGUUGGGAGUAUUCCUUUAAUUGAGUCGAUAUGGGAUGUGAGGAAUUUAGCUACAGUUCUCCUGGUGGUGGUGAUGAUAUUACUCAGCUUACAUUGCAUAACAGCAUUCAAGAAACUGGAACAUAGAGAAGUUUUAGUUGGCUUGUUAUUCCUGGUUUUCCCAUUUAUCCCAGCCAGCAACCUCUUCUUCAGGGUGGGGUUUGUGGUGGCAGAGCGAGUCCUUUACAUGCCAAGUAUGGGGUACCUUAUCCUUUUUGUCCAUGGUUUGAAAAAGCUCUGUGCCUCGUUAAAUAGAUGGGGAGCUACUGCCCUGACCCUCUCUGCUUUGCUGCUGCUGCUGCUGUUCUCUUGGAAAACUGUGAAACAGAAUGAAAUCUGGUUGUCAAGAGAAUCCCUCUUCAGCUCAGGUGUGCAGACUCUGCCCCAUAAUGCCAAGGUGCACUACAACUAUGCCAAUUUUCUGAAAGACCAGGGUCGUAACAGUGAAGCCAUCUAUCACUACAAAACUGCCCUCAAAUUGUAUCCUCGUCAUGCGAGUGCUCUGAACAACCUCGGCACGUUGACCAAAGACUUGGUGGAAGCAAAGGAAUACUAUAGAAGAGCUCUUCAGUUAAACCCACAGCAUAAUCGAGCUCUCUUCAAUCUUGGAAAUCUGCUCAAGUCCCAAGGGAAGAAAGAGGAAGCUGUGUUCUUAUUGAGAGAUUCCAUUAAAUACGGUCCAGAAUUUGCAGAUGCUUACUCAAGCCUUGCUUCCCUGUUGGCUGAACAGGAACAAUUUAAAGAAGCCCAGGAGGUUUAUCAGGCUGGGAUAGAGAAUUGUCCAGAGAGCUCUGAUCUGCAUAAUAACUAUGGUGUUUUCUUAGUUGAUACUGGGGCUCCUGAGAGAGCAGUGUCCCACUACCAGCAGGCCAUCUGGCUCAGCCCAAACCAUUACGUGGCCAUGGUGAACCUGGGCAGGCUCUACCGCUCUCUGGGGCAGAACAAAGAGGCUGAAGCUUGGUACAAACGAGCGUUGAAAGUAUCGCGGAAGGCAGAAAUUCUGUCCCCACUGGGAGCUCUCUACUACAACACGGGGCGGUAUGAAGAAGCUUUACAGGUUUACAGGGAAGCCGCAGCACUGCAGCCUUCAAACAAGGAGAUUCGACUGGCCCUGGCACAGGUUUUAGCAAUGAUGGGACAAACAAAGGAAGCUGAAAAAAUGACUAACCAUAUUGUGACAGAAGAGGCCGAGUGCCUAGAAUGCUACCGUCUUUUAUCAGCAAUCUACAGCAAGCAGGAGCGUUACAGCAAGGCCCUUGAAGCUAUAGAUAAAGCUCUGCAGCUAAAACCAAAGGAUCCAAAAGUCAUAUCGGAGCUCUUUUUUACUAAAGGAAAUCAGCUAAGAGAACAGAACCUUCUUGACAAGGCUUUUGAGAGCUAUAAAGUGGCUGUGGAGCUGAAUCCAGAUCAAGCUCAGGCAUGGAUGAACAUGGGAGGGAUUGAGCAUAUCAAGGGAGACUACAUCAAUGCACGUAGCUAUUACAAGAAAGCUUUACAGCUGGUUCCAAACAGCAAGCUGCUGAAGGAGAAUCUGGCUAAACUGGAUCGCUUAGAGAAACGAUUGCAGGAAGUCCAGGAGAAAGAUCAGACGUAGCUAGUGGAAGGAGCUUCGUGCCCCUUGCAGAAGAAAGAGAAGUGGAAGCCCAUUGGCAGAAGUGACACAGAAGGAGCUGGGACGUGACUCAGAAUUAAGGAGGGCAAAUUUGGGGCGCACAUUUGUGCAUCACCAAAGUUGCUGGAGACCCUUCAUUUCUAUAGGGUAUGCUGAAGAAUGAGUGAAAACCCUGUUUUAAUCAAGAUUUAUGUUUGGGUUGGAUGCAUAUCACUGCCAUUAGUGCUGUAAGUGGGAGAUGCACCUUUGAUGUCCUGGUCUCUCACUUCCCAAGCUGGGUGGGCUGUAGAGGCAAAGUUCUCAUCCACUGGCAAGGGAUGGAGCAGUGCCUCUUGUUAGUCAACAUUCACCCACUUAAGGAGUACUAUUAAUGGUCUCUAAAGCAUGCCCCAUAAAGUCCUCCUCAGCCAGGAUGAUAGUGACAAUGAUCAGCAGAGAGAGUCAAAAGCCGUUACAGGGUUAAAGCUGGGAGAACUGGUGGCCAUUUUUAGAUCUCCAACAAUGACUUGAAAAUGACCCCAAGGAAAUGGAGAAUUAUGUCUGGACAUGGCUGUCUCUGAAAGUGAUGAUUCUCUGACUAGGGAUGCUAGUCCUUUGAGAAAAAACCUCAGUUGAAUGUUUUACUCAGAAGAUAAUCAUUUUUGUAACUAUUCAAAUUCAUGAUAUCACAGAAUUGUCAGAAAUCACAUGACUUUUUUCGCCCAAUCAGAAUUAUAAUUUCUAUGAAAAAAUUGGAACUGUCCAGUGGAAAUGUGGAAUUCUUUAAUGGGUCCGUCUCCCUCUCCCCCCGCCC